AAUAUAUGAUGGUUCUAAAUAGAUGGAAACCAUUAAAGCCGGGAACAAAGGCUAUGGUGCUGAGAUUACCGUGGUUACUUAUUCGGAGCGAAAGAAAGAGACAGACGAGAGAUCAAAGUUUCGCAUACUUCUUAGUUUUGGGCAGCAUGGAAGGGAGCUUAUUACAACUGAACUUGCUUUAAGGAUUUUGUCUAUUCUAAGUGGAGAACAAUCACUACCUAACAUGGAUCAAGCUUCUUUGAACACUACACUUGACAAGCUUGUGAUAAAGGCAAGUUCAUAUUGUCGCUGUAAUUGUGUUAAUAAUGAAUCUAAUAUGGAACUAGGCUCUGCUAAUUAGGAUUUCAGUGAAGUGUCAUAAUCAGUUUUAUUGAAAUAUAUGUUAUAGAUUGUAUACUAUAUAACAGAUUCAACUGGAGAAAUCAUCAACAUGCU